GACUUGUUUGUGUUGCGUGUUUUUAAAACACUGACUUCCCCCAUUUUGAUGCAUUUAAUAUCUAUCGAGUGUUAAGAAGAAGCAUACGAAGAAAGGGGACACAGUUUUGCCUUUUGACAAGUUCUUAAUCCUUCGUCUUCUUCCCCGUGAAGGUUCUUGAGCGGUCGUUCCUCGUUCAGCCUAUCACGUGGCAUUCAUUGCCUAUUUUAUUAAUACUAUUUUUUUUCUACCACCUAUUCGAUCAUUCUUCGCCUUCAAGUAUUCAAAGUUAUUCCCGGUAACCUUGCCAUCAGCCAAUCCAACGUCAGGUUCAAGAUACCUCGAGCCCUCGACUGCAGAUCCUGGGCCAAGGUAUCCACAAAAAUCCCUCGAAGCGACACCAACACUGUCAAGUCUGGUUUUGGCAUGUCAUCAGGAAGAGAACCACAACAUACGCCACGAUAGUCGUCGACGGCCCCGAUGGAUCCGGCCUAAGGUUGCAGACUUGUUCUUUUUUUCCCACGAGCUCUGUCUGGAACUAGCUAUCUCCCCAAUUGGCGUUACAAUUGGCAUUAUUCAAGUCAACCUAUCAUAUAGAUAGUGCCUUGGCGAAAAGGCACUUCUCUGGGACACCAGCUUAGACUGGGGAGAAGACCGGUGCCGACUUUUUUUAUUUUUAUUAUUUUUUUUAUUCCAGCAACCAAGACCCCAGAAACCAAGAACUAGGACCCAGCAGGCACCACGAUUCGGUGCGACACACCCUGCAACCUUGCAACCUUGCCUUGUAUGUCUUGCUGCUACGCCUCCUCCCGCAUCCGCAUUUGAGCUAUUUCCGCACCAGCAAGCACAGCUCCGGGCCACCCCACGGCAGCGCAGUAAAAACGAGACCGACUUUGUUUUUGCUCCCCUCCUUAAAGGGGCAUCCGCGACCACCUUUAGAACGACCUGGACCGCAGUCGGCUUUUACUUUCUACAAGAAGCAGCUUGGCUUCGUUUGUCCAUAUCAAUUUAUCACUUUUUUGUUCUUUCUACUUCCCUUUUUAGUCCUCCCAACUUAACUCAGUGGAAAACCUAUCCAAUCUAUAGACGAACCAAGGUGAUCCAUACCCGAUCCCGAUCGACGCAUAAUAUACCCUAUCUGCCCUCCUUGCCCGUGACUUGACAAGACGGUGGGCGCACAAGGCGCACACGACACCUGCAGCCACCAUCCUCGAGAAAAGUCUUGGCACCUGACUUUCUACGCAAAAGCACAAGGGGAGAAAAAAAGGAGCGAGAAAGAAGAUUCAAAGGGCCAAGAAGACGGCAUGAUUACAACAACUUGCUUUGGAGAUUCGAUUACUUCGACAAGCGAAAGACAUUGCCACCACACGUGCAUCAGCAUAGAAAGAAGUUGAAUCAGGUUUCCGACAGACAAUCCGGAGAUACGGUUGUCAGUUUACGAUUAUAAAAGGCAAAACACAAAAAGGAGGGGGAUCACCUUUUCCCGGUCAUUGCGUGCUAGCAUAUGGUGGGAUUUUUUUUUGGAUUCGCUUUCUCCGAUUCAUAAAUCACGAACUCGGUCAGCAUUUCUCGGCGACCCUUUUUUUUUCCCUACUGUUGCUUGGUUGCCUGGGAUUGGUGGCUGGGAUUUCCUCUCUUGGUGACCCAGUUGAGUAAAAUCCACCAUUCCAUCCCAGGGCCUGCCCGCCCGACCGGCCGAUAGCCCGACCAGACACACUACACCAUACACCACCUUGCAAGCGCCCCAGGCCCCCUGACGUAGUGUACGUAUUUACACUGGCACGAGGUCGGUCCUCCGGAACAAGUACCUACCUAGAAGCAAGGACCGGACCAGAAGGGCACGCACCCCUCAUUGAUUUCUACAGCAGAGAAAGGAAAGCAAAGCAUCGAUCCCAAGCUGCGAAGCCUAAACUCCUCCCACUUCGGCCCUUUCACUUUAUUUGACAGCCAUGGACGGCUUGGCAACUUUACAACCAGCUGGUGGUGCUUCUGCACCCUUACGUGCAGCGUCCCAGACAUUUGCAACGGCCCCCCAACCUAUUCAUAACAGCAGCAACAACGCACAACAGCUGCCGCAAUUAGAGCAGCAGCAACAAUUGCAAUCCGGUGCACCACCCCAAGACGCCUGCGUUUCACAGCAGCAAACACAAAAACAGCCACAACCGCAACCCCAAUCACACCCUUCAAAGUGCAUCAGCACUAUAUCCCCAAUUCGCCCUACAGCAUCAGAUCCUGCCCAAGGCGAAAACAGCCUUUCUUCAUCGCCACGCCAAUUUCCGACCGGGCUUACUAGCUCUAUCCUUGAAGAGGAAGACGAGUCGUCUGAGAGCGAUACGCCAAACGAGCCUGUUACUCCAGUCAGCGGCCGUCAGUCCCAAGAUUUCCACAGCUUACAAAACCACGACACACAUCCCACGUCGCUCUCCUCCUCUGCCGAACACUCGACUGGUGCCUUUUCCUCACUUCAAAACGACGCCGCCCCAACAAACAAGACCCCUUUGAUUCUCGGCACAUCUGCAACUCCAGACCGCCCCGAACCGGCACCGUCAGAACACUCGCCGACUUCGACGAAAACCGUCAGAUCUCCAACUGCACCCAGCGACACUGAGGCGAGCACAUCGGCAACCAAAAGUAUCCCAGUCCCAAUAAACACAGCAAACGCCGCCGCAAACGCCGAUCAGCCAUUACCCUCAGCCACCCCGCCGACUCACUCGAGAAAAAACUCCCGCAACCCCCUCCGGCGCAUGAGCCAGGCUUUCCGACGAUCCAACUCCCAAAUCGAAAGGCCCAACAUCGAGCAGCCGGAAGCGGCCUGCACCAGCUCGGAGUUUGCGAUAUCCGAUGGGCCGCCGAAGCCUCAGCAACCAAAUCGCCGGUGGUCAAUAAGGAGGGAAGGCACUUCACUAGCUACGACCCGUUCAAACAGCCCCCCUUCCCCGCCUAUCAACAUGCUUGCGCCCAGCGAACGCGCCGCGACGUCGUUACUGCCGAGCCCGUCACAUGAGCAUGUCGAUUUUGGUGUCAUUAAGAAAAAGGUCCGCUCAUCGACGGGCCUAGGCGGCCUAGGCCGUAAAGCCGCUCAGUUCGUCACUUCGGGUGGUAAGACCAGCCAAGCCCACCAACCCAAUGGCGAUGCCAAGCAACCCCAACGAAUGAAGCCCCAGAGGCGGGCUAGCAGCUUUGACCUCAAGAAGGCACAGGCAGACCAGACGCAGCGUGUUCAAAAUGGAGAUAUGGAGAGCCUCGAAGAGCUCACUCGCCAGCCGUGGGGCAUGCCAGCCAUGACGGGCGUGGGCCUGAAGGCGCGGCGCUUGAGUGUGAGCUUGCCCGACGAUUUCACCGUCGACGUGGCAGAUCUAUUGGCCGAGUUUGAAUACUACCAUAAGGUUCUCGGCCGUCACGGCAAGCACCUGGGUAAAGGUGCCACUUCCAAGGUGACGCUGAUGCAGCGCAAAAGCUGCCCGGAAGAACUCUACGCUGUCAAGGAGUUCCGCCCCAAGUCGUCGACCGAAACCAAGGACGAGUAUGAGCAGAAGAUCAAGUCCGAGUUCAGCAUAGCCAAGAGUCUGCACCAUCCCAACAUUGUUGAGUCCAUCAGGCUUUGCACCGACCACGGCCGGUGGAACCACGUGAUGGAGUACUGCUCCGAAGGCGAUUUGUAUAGCCUGGUAGAGAAGAAGUAUCUGCUUGAGGAGUCGCGCAAGGUGGACCGCCUCUGCCUCUUCAAGCAGCUCGUUCAGGGCAUCAACUACCUGCACACUAAUGGCAUAGCCCACCGCGAUAUCAAGCUCGAGAACCUGCUUAUUACCAAGGACAGUAAGCUCAAGAUUACCGACUUUGGCGUCUCAGACGUUUUCACUGGCACGCAUCCGGGUCUUAGGGAGGCCGGCGGCCAGUGCGGUAUCAACAUGGGCGAGGUUAGGCUCUGUGACCCUGGCAUCUGCGGAAGUCUUCCCUACAUCUCGCCCGAGGUCCUGACUAGGGGUGUUAAGUACGACCCGCGGGCCCUGGACGUCUGGGGCGCGGGCGUAAUCGCCAUCAACCUGUUCUUCGGCGCACCGCUAUGGAAGGAGGCACGCGAUGAUGGUGCCAACCCGCAGUACACGCAGCUCGUACGGGCGUGGACGCGAUGGGAGAAGAAGCACGGCAACGACAUGCUGGGCGAGGGCGAGGAGGGCGUCCCGGCUAUCUGCGACGGAGACCAGCCCUACACCGCUGCUUUUGAUAUGGGUAUCAAGCCCCCUGCGCUCCGCAGGUUGGUCUUUGGAAUGCUGCACCCGAACCCGGCCAGGCGCAUCGGCAUCUCGCAGGUGCUUAACAACCGGUGGAUGAAGACUGUCGAGUGUUGUCAGUUCGAAUCAUACGACGAGCCGUCUACUAAGAUUGACGCGAGCAAGAAGGAAUGCUUCACCAACAAGAAAAUCUUCUGCCACAACCACUUGCCGCCGGUAGCCUCGGGGAACCACUCGCUCGGCAAGAUGCCGGGCCAGGCGGGGUACUAAAAUAAUUUCAGCGUAUUCCUUCUCACCAGGACACGACUUUCUCAUUUCCACACACGGGGUAUAAACAUACAUCCCUUCAAAUACAUCGGCCAUGACCAUACGAUCAACACUUUAACUUUUUAUGCCUAUCAACGAAUAAAUUAUAGAUACAACUGCUUCUUCCUGUCUUGCUCGUUGCCAACAACUCUGUCUUUGUUCUUUCCGUUUCAUAUGGCUCCGUUUAGGGCCUGGUGUCUGUGUGUUUGACAUUGUUUUUCCUUUGAUUACUGGGUGGAUUAUUUCUCUCUUCAUACAUAUCACAAGGUGCAUCGUUAUAAAGGAUGGCGUUUGUUUUUUUUCAUGGGAAGUGAUUGUCAAUGGGAGGUUGGCAUUGGAAUUUCUGUUUGCUCUUACCGCGGAUAAUAAAAGUCACCUAGCAAUGGUUGGCUGUGGGCCAGGCGGGCUGGAAGUCCCGACGGCCUUCAUGUGUUUUUCCUUGAUUUAUUUUGUUGCUUAUAGCCUUGAAGACAAACCAAGAAUAGGAUAAUAUCACACGUGCCAGGGUUGGGGGACUUUUACAGCUUCCAGGUGCCUUUCUAGCUCAUGCGAUGCAGACUCUUGGGUGUAGAUGAGCUCUUGUCGUAGAAAUCGCAAAAAUAUAUUAAUUCAGAUAAGUCACGUUCGG